CCCACCCGUUCAUGAAAACUUGUCUGCAUAACAUCCUAUUACUUCUUAUGAUAGCCAAGAUGAAUUCCUUCAUCGCCUUGUUGCGAUAGUGGCUUACAUAACAUUCCACGUCCAGCACAACUCCCCCUUGCUUUUCCUUCUCAUAACUACACCUUGACCAGGUACAGUACAUCGCCGCCGUCUACCCUUUGCCGCUGGGUCCACGUCGGAACGAGCCCUGAACAUGUCGAACGUGCUGUCUCGUCAGGUGUCCUAUCAGUAUCCCACAAUCGCCUGUGCCUGACGGUCUUAACUUCCCUCUUGUCUCUUAUCUAACUUCACUUCAAAACCCCCGAUUCCAGGGUCACAUGCAAUUUUCAUGGCAUGUCCCGUUGACGAUUUACCUUGGCUAGCACUGUGAUCUCCGGAUCAACCCAUUCUUAGGGACAAUCACCACCACCACCAUGGCGGCGCAAUCAUCCUCGAAUUCUCGCCCCCAAUUCACUAAUCCGUGGAAAGAAGCACCAUCCACGGCUGCCGAGCCUUCCAACCAGACCCCCGAUGGCCGCAUCGCGCAUACAUUGACCGCUUGCACCCGGUGCAGACAGCGAAAAUCCAGGUGUGACCCCGGGAUCCCACGAUGCGCGCCCUGCGAACGCAGCAAUGCCAAGUGCGUAUAUUACGAUUCGGCCCGUAAAUGUACCAUAUCGAGGACCUACAUUGUCUCGCUCCGCGAAAAGGCCCGCAAGCUCGAGAAAGAGCUGGCCGAGCUCGAGAAAGAGUUUCAGCACGCAGCAGAUGCAGAACUCAUGGUGCGGGGAGCCGGUCGCAUUCGAUUCAAGGAAAACGAUGAGUCGAAAUACCUGGGGCCAUCGAGUGGCAUCGCAAUGACGCGAUUGGUAAUGGAGAUGGCCAAGCAGAACACAGACUCGAAAAGCAUCAAGGAUGUUGUUCCUGAGUUGACCGCACAGGAGAUCAAGCAUGCUUUCGCAGCCGAGAGCUCCAAGCCAACCUCCAAAGUAUACCCCAUAAUCAGCUCCAUCCCCCAGCCCAAUCUGCCCCUCCAGCACAUGACCUACCGCCUUAUUGAUGUCUUCUCUGUGAAGGCACAAGCGAUGCUACCCACAUUACACGAACCCACAUUCCGCCGCGAUGUUGAGGAGGUCUUCAAUGGUUCUGACGAUCCGUGUCAAAACUUUCAAUUACGAAUGGUGAUCGCGAUUAGCAUGCAGAAAAUGAGCCCUGCUUAUGCAGGGCUGGCGGACAGUUAUUAUCUCGCCGCGUUGCCAUUUCUUGAGGCAUCCCUCAGACGAAGGGACCUUCGUUCUUUACAAUGUCUGGCGCUAAUAGCACAGUAUUCAAUGUUGACACCUACGAGGACCGCCGCCUACUGGGUCGUGGGAAUGGCUGUAAAGCUAUGUCAAGAUCUCGGACUCACCGACGAAGCAACUAUCACCAGGUCUUCAGAUGGCAAGCUUCUGGAUCCCCUGGAGAUAGACAUGCGAAGGAGGUUAUUCUGGAUUGUUAUAUCCAUGGAGUAUGGUCUUUCCCAUAGUCUAGGUCGACCGAACUGUUACUCCGUCUGCCACGACCAUAUCAAUGUCAAAUUUUUUGAACCGGUAGAAGAUCACAACAUCACACGCGAAGGAAUACGACCGGGAGCCAGGAUAAUCUUGCCCAAGUGUAUAGCAAUACACUUCCUCAAGAUGCGACUCCUCCAAGCGGAGAUCCGACGCACCCUAUAUCUCAAUAAGCGCGAUACACCAACCAACGACCAAGAUCCAUGGUUCACACAGAUGAUCAGGAAGAUUGAUGACUGGGUAGCGACUUGUCCCAAGAAUGAUGGCGGAAGUGGCCUCGGCGAGAAAUGGUUCCAUGGUCGGCGGAAUACGAUGAUUGUAUUUUUGUAUCGGCCGUCACCUCAGGUGCCCGAGCCUUCAGUUGACGCCGCGCGCAAAUGUUAUGAAGCGUCCGUUUUCAAUGUUGCGAUGCAUAAGGAACAGGUCGCCACUGGCUCUGUCGACUUGACCUGGAUCUUCACUCAAUCGCUUUUCAUGGCCUUGAACACCAUCCUCUGGUCCCUCUCGUACCCAGAUAUUCGGAAAGAACACCCGAUCGACGAAGUGAAAAGCCAUCUAAGCGUAGCACUGGAAGUCAUCGUACAUGCAGCGAAGCGGUGGCCAGGAGUUGAAUCUGCAUUGGUUUUAUACAAGAGCCUAGUGGCGGCUUGUCUCAGGGCCUACGCUACUCAAGAAUCUUUUGUGGUACACUCGCCGUCUAACCAUGCGACCCCAUCUUCCCAAGAAGUCGCGACACCGCCGUCUGUUGCUAGUCCGGCGAGUACCUCAACGUCGCUCCUGUCGCAAAAUCUACGAGCCGGCAACUCGUCCAUUCCUGACACCAGUACUUCUCCUGGCACAUAUUCUCGGGGGCCUUCGGCUGACCCAUCCUUCCCUCAUCCGCAAGUGCCGUCAACUUCUUCGUCCUCGAUCAUACCUAUCGUGGAACCAAUGAAAGCAACCCACAUCUCAUCCUGGGAUAGUCAGCUUACUCCUUCUCUUGUUUCAACCUCCUCUCAGACCUCCUUCAGUCCGUUGUCGUACAGGACUGCCUCGUAUGCAGAUAUGGCAUUCGACCCAUCCACUCCCUACAACCAUAUACCCUCUAUUGUUCCUGGCUUGCCGGGGUGGGAUCCUAAUUUCAGCAUGGCAUCCACUAGUGCGGGCCAUCUGGCCUACGUCGAUGCCACCGUGAAUCCGAUGAAUUGGGCUGACGACAUUGGCGACCAAUACUCCCAGUACUUCAAUGGGGCGUACCCUGUCCCCUCCUGGCGAGAACGAACGCUCAGCCACCAAGAGCAGUUGGAACUCAUGGAGACGUUAGAGGAUAAUAUUCCCGACGUCUCUGCCCAGCGACUAGUGCAGGCGUCGGCCACAUUCUACCAGUCGUGAUCUAGCAUGUUCUUUCUGUUCCUAAAGAUGGCUCUACUUUUCUUUCACUUCUCAUAAAGUCGGACAGGUAGCGGCCGUGGCAAGUCAUUGUUCAAGUGUGGUUACUAUUUUCAUGUGGCAUUUUCCUUAUCUUUGUUUGUAUCUCAAUAUACCCAUGGGAAGCCAAUGGGCUUCGUCUCUGGUGUUUGGAGCAGCUCUUUCGCUGAAAGUACAUUUGGAAACAAAAAGGUUCUUGAUAUUGGAAAUUGGCAAUGCUCUAGAUCGUUUGUAUUGUUGUGUCGUGGGGAGGGACAAUGGCGGUUCAUGUAUCUAGCGAACCAAAUGCGGAG